GUGUUGUUGUCUCAUUGGUCUUCUUCUUCUUUCUAGCUUCUUGAUCCCAUAAAAUGGCUCUGAGCAAUGUCUCUUCCGAAGAGUUUAGCUUUCCGUUGCUCGCUUCCCAAGACUCUUCCAAAUUUCCCUCCGGCACCGAUUCACCUCCACUGUGGAAACACUCGCCGGAGAAUCUCCGCCGUGGAGAUCACGACAGAGGUUUGGAGAAGGAAGAUGGUAACGAUCAGGCGAAGAGCUUCUCUUACGUGGAGAGGAAAAGUAUUUGGAGUGAUAAAACAGAGGAGAAAAUGGAUAUGUUGUGGGAAGUUCUUAACGAAGAGCUUCCGCCGAGAAGCCAGAGUCUUAGGAUGGAUCCCUGCAGAGUUGUCGGAGAGAAGAAACCGUCUUUGUUUCCCGACGAGAGCUCUGCCGUGGCCGUUGGUGGCGGCAUGAAGUUAACGAAGAAGAAGAUGAGUCCUAACGUGUUCGUGUUGAUGAGGGUUUUGAAGAAGCUUCUUGUUAUGCGGAGUUCAUCUCGGAGAUCGCCGGCGAAAACUCAUCCACGGUGAUCUCACCGUUAUAUAUUUGAGGGGUGUUUUUGUAGAAAUCAAAAGUUACGGGGCUUUUAUCGAGAAAGAAGCCAUAAUUGUCUUUAAAACAAAGUUACAUUUGUAGUGUGGGUGGUUCACAAGAAUUAACAUUAGGUCCCUGAAUUUGAAGAACAUAUUUGGAAUUCGAAGAGUCUUUUUGCUAUUUGUUUCUUGUCUUUUUCUUUUGUUUAUUGCGUGGGGUUUGGUCUGAAUAUGUAUGAAUUUUAUAAGGUGAAAAAUAAAAAAGGGUUAGACUAAGAGGGGCUAGGCCGGAUAUUUUUAUGUUUCAAACAAAGGAAAGUGAAAAGGUAUCAU